AAACUAUAAAAACUGAAAAAAAAUUAAAAAGAACAAAUAAAAACCCUUCCUUUUUUCGAUUCUACUGGCAUAGAAAUUUUCCAACAACGUAAGAGGUGAUCGAAGUGGAACAGUAACAAGAAAGAAUCGAGCUUUCUGUGUACAACAUACACAAAUAUUGGUUUCUGAUUCUCCGACAAGGGGAUUAAAUAUUAAAAGAAUUUCAAAAAAGAUGUCGUCGCCGGAGAUUGCAGGAAUUUUGGAGAACUCGAGAGAGCUCGAUCGGUUAAGGAAAGAGCAGGAGGAAGUACUUUCCGAGAUCAAUAAGAUGCAUAAGAAGCUUCAAACUACUCCUGAGGUGGUUGAGAAACCUGGUGAUAAUUCUUUAUCAAGACUGAAAAGUUUGUACACUCAAGCCAAGGAUCUUUCAGAGACUGAAGUACAUGUUUCCAACAUCUUGUUAAGUCAACUGGAUGCUCUGCUUCCAUCAGGUCCUCCUGGGCAACAACGGAGGAGGAUAGAUGGUAGUGACCAAAAAAGGAAAAGAAUGAAAACUGAUUCUGAUAUCUCAAGGCUUUCUCCUUCAAUGAGAAAUCAACUUGAGGCUUGUGCUAGUCUAAAGGGUGAACAGGUAGCAGCUAGGGUCACAGGUAAUAACGCUGAAAAAGACGAGUGGUUCGUUGUAAAGGUGAUACAAUUCGAUAGGGAAACGAAAGAAUUUGAAGUACUUGAUGAGGAGCCAGGUGAUGACGAGGAAGGUGGUGGCCAAAGAAAGUACAAGCUGCCUAUGUCAUGUAUUAUACCUUUCCCCAAGAAAAAUGAUCCAUCUAGUGCUCCUGAUUUUCCUCCUGGAAGACAUGUUUUGGCUGUUUAUCCAGGAACAACAGCUCUCUAUAAGGCCACUGUUGUUAGUCCCUCACGGAAGAGAAAGACAGAGGAGUAUUUACUGGAAUUCGAUGAUGAUGAGGAAGAUGGAGCGCUGCCUCAGCGAGCAGUACCUUUUUACAACGUGGUUCCCUUACCAGAAGGACACCGUCAAUGAAUACUUGUUCACAGUCGUGUAUAUUUAAAGUUGUGCGGUUUUGAAUGCCAAAUGAUUGUCUCACUCCUUUUCCUGACUUUCUCAUUUCAACUAAAGAGACAUAACAUUUGUACUUGUUUCACUAUGUAGUAGCAAUGUUCGUUUUCAUUCGAGCUUUUGCUUGAAAAUUAGGGAGUUAGGUUAGAGUUUCUUCCGAAUUGCAAAUGCAGGAUUGCCAUGGAAGAUGGAUCAUAGCAGCGAGCGUGAAAACUCUGCAUGAUACUCUGUAAAUAAUAGUUGGUAUGGAUUAUCCUGAUAGAUUAAUGAAAGCAGAACAUAUGUGGAUCUAUUUUCUGG